AUGGCAACCAAGAGCCCUCUUCUGGCCGCCCUCCUCGUCCUCGCCGUCAUCAUGGCGCCGCACGGUGCGGAGGCGGGCAAGGAGCUUCCACUAGCAAUCAUCUCCGGCAUAGUGCCAUGCAGCGCCGGGAACUCCAUCAACGCGGCUGUGGCUCCGCCAUUCCCGAACGCCGCUAUGCAGAUGGUGUGCGGCCGUGUUGUGAUGGCCAGCGGGAUGACGGACCGCAGCGGAAUGUACACCAUGAAAAUGGGCCUGGCCACCUCGUCAUUGCUCGCCCCUCUGCUCGGCAACCAGUGCAAAGUGGUGGUGAUCACCCUGCUGGCCGUGUGCAAUGCGUCCUUAGCCAGCGUCACUGGGACGCUGACCGCAUCGGUUCAGCUCCUGGGUAUUGACAGUGGCAGCGGCAGCGGCAUUCUGGGGGGCCUUGGCGGCCUAAUUGGCCUCAUCGGCCAGAUCGUUGGUGGCCUCCUCGGCGGCAUCCUUAACAUCAUCCCAUUGCCCUUCUCCACCGUAUAG